AUGCCACAUUUGGCACAGCCGCAGAAAGCCUUGCACACCAUCCCGUACCCAUACGAUGGUGAUGAGCCUCCCUAUGGCACUACCAUCCAUGGGGUCUACUGCUAUCGCGUUGCGGGGACUGUUGGCAUCAUGACCCUGCCGGUCCUGGGCUUCGACCCCAUGCAGAACUUCACCGAGGACUUACAGGAGCAGACCAUCGCCGCUGCCAUGUCCUUGGGUGUCGCCUUCCAGCUCACGAACAUCUUGCGAGACAUCGGUGAGGACGCUCAGCGCGGCCGCAUCUAUGUGCCCCUGGAGGACCUGCACCGCUUCGGUAUCUCCGAGGAGGAGGUGUUGGAAGCCAGCAAGACACCGGGUUUGCUCCACCACGAGCAGAAGUGGAAGGAUUUUAUGGAGUUCCAGAUGGCCCGGUGUGAAGAGGAGUACCAGAAGGCGCAGGACGGCAUCGUGGGGCUCAGCGAGGUGAAUCGCUUGGGCGUCAUGGCUGCGCUCUAUGUGUACGGUGACAUUUUGACUCGCAUACGGAAGAACAACUAUGAUAAUCUCAGCCGACGAGCUUACGUGCCCUUCGUGGACAAAGUGUUCCUCAUGGGAAAGGCGUGGCUCAAGUGUCAGGAGCUGAAAGAGGUGGCCAAGGAAAACGUACGGAGUGGCCGGUUUUUCACUCGGAGAAAGCCGCAUUGA